UGCGCCGGAGGUGUUUAUGCUGCUGAUCAGGCCUGCCAGGCAAUGGGACAAGUGUUUCAUGACAGCUGCUUCACCUGCUGUGCCUGCGGCCAGAAACUGAAAGGGAAGGCUUUUUAUGACUUUUCAGGACGGGUGUUCUGUGAGGAGGAUUAUUUGUAUUCCAGCGUCAAGCACUUUGCGGAGGUCUGCACAUCCUGCGGAUAUUUAAUCACAGAUACGGUGCUCCAGGCUUUGGGAAAGUCCUUCCAUGCUGACUGUUUCCGAUGUGUCAUCUGUAAUGAGAGACUGGAAGGACAGCUGUUUAGUGUUGACGCACAAAACAAGAUAUAUUGUGUGAAAGAUUACCACAGGAUUCUGGCACAGACAUGUGCUAUAUGUGAAGAGCUCAUCCUUCCCAAUAAGGGAUCAAAUGAGAUUGUGCGAGUGAUGUCCAUGGGAAAAAGCUACCACGUGGCCUGUUAUGAAGGAAAAAGCAACAUUUAAUAGCUGUUUAGUCUGAAGAAACAAUAAAUAGGCUUAUUCAUUGUUUAUGCAUUUCAGUACCAUUGUAUUGUUGUUAAGCACCAUGUAAUUGAUGAAUGCUGGCAUGAAACUUGAACUGAAAUACCAUAUGAUAUAUCAAGGUACCAUUUUAAUAUCUUCCCUAUAAAUCCUAAUAGUAGCUUAUUAAUAGGAUGUAUUAUGUUAUUAAUUUUACUUGCUACCAA